CAACAGUGGACUGUACCAUCCUCUUCUAUACCCCGGUAUGAAUUUGGGAGGGGGUAUAUUUCCAUCGGCGUUAACGGGAUCGGGUUCAUCGGGAUUGCCUUCGAUACCUUUCCCGUUUCCCUCGCUUCUGGGCUCGGGGUCUGGAACAUUUCAGGACCAGGACUCGUUAUCGAGACGUUUACCGUUUUACUUUCCGAUCCACAAUUUCCCGCCACCGAUAAGAGACACGCCAUAUCACUAUCCAGAUUCAUUUUUCAAAAACUCUCUCAAGGAGACAGUGGCUAACGCUACGCACCUUCGUUACCCGUUUUCCCACCCAGCAACACCACCAGGUGCUGUCGCU